AAAUUCUGUAGAUCCGAUAUCACCAGCUCUGAACUUGGAGCCUUUCUACUUCUUUGGUUUUUCUAAUUUCUUGCCAACUUGUUAUAUCCAUGGCUUCCAAAUAUUCCUCCCCUUUGAAUAAGUUCAAAUUCUUCUUAGGGUGGUUUUUACUUCUUACAAAUAUGGCCUCUGCCCAAUUGUCCUCUAACUUUUAUGCAACGACAUGCCCUAGAGCACUUGCCACCAUUAAAUCAGCAGUGGACUCUGCUGUCUCGAAAGAGGCUCGCAUGGGGGCUUCCUUGCUCCGCCUUCAUUUCCACGAUUGCUUUGUCAAUGGAUGCGAUGCAUCCAUACUAUUGGAUGACACGGCAAAUAUCACAGGAGAAAAAACAGCUGGUCCAAACAACAAUUCAGUGAGGGGAUAUGAAGUAAUUGAUACCAUCAAGUCUCAAUUGGAGAGUUUGUGCCCUGGUGUAGUUUCUUGUGCUGAUAUUGUAGCAGUUGCGGCUCGUGACUCUGUUGUUGCUCUUGGAGGACCUAGUUGGUCAGUUCUUUUGGGAAGAAGAGAUUCAACCACAGCAAGCUUGAAUGCUGCUAAUUCCAACAUCCCUGCUCCAACUUUGAGUCUCAGUGGCCUUAUCAGUGCCUUCUCAAACAAAGGUUUCACUGCUAAAGAAAUGGUAGCCCUCUCAGGAUCUCACACAAUCGGGCAAGCUAGGUGCACAACCUUCCGGUCAAGAAUCUACAAUGAGACCACGAUUGACCCCUCCUUUGCAACUUCGCUAAGAGCAAACUGUCCAAGCACAGGGGGGGACAACAACCUUUCCCCCCUGGACACCACAAGCCCGACAUCAUUCGACAAUGCAUAUUACAAGAAUUUGCAGAGCCAGAAAGGACUGUUACACUCUGACCAGCAACUCUUUAGUGGGGGUUCAACAGACUCUCAGGUUAAUGCCUACAGCUCCAACUUGGGAUCGUUUAGGACAGAUUUUGCCAAUGCAAUGAUCAAGAUGGGAAACCUUAGCCCACUCACUGGAACAAGCGGCCAAAUCAGGACGAAUUGUAGGAAAGUCAAUUGAGUCUUUUGUUAAUUCCCAUUUUGUGGUUUUGAACACACUAUUAUUUGGAAUAAUAAAUGCAUUAAUGAGUGUUGUUCUUGUUAUAAUUGUAAUUUCAGGUGUAAUCUGACUCUUUUGUUUUGGCGAAUUUUAUAUGUUUGUUUCUA